AUGACUUGGGAAGAAAUUGUGGAUAAAAAACGGAAAGCGUUGUUCGCACUUAUUCCUGAGAAAUGGCGUAUUCCAAGUGAUCAGCUACCACCCGAAUCUGAACGAUCCGUUAUUUCAUUUAUUGAACAAAGUAAUUUAUUAACUGCUGAAGAAUUGGCUAUAACUGCAUUAAAAGUCAAUGAGCUGAGUGGAAAGAUUGCCUCCGGCGAAUAUACAGCCACUCAAGUUUGCCAGGCAUAUUGUCACCGAGCAACAAUUGCACAUCAACUAGUUAAUUGUCUUACUGAAAUAUGCUUUGAUGCUGCAUUGGAACAAGCAAAAGAACUUGACGAAUAUUUUCAAAAGCAUGGAAGGACAGUAGGAUUGCUUCAUGGUGUACCUAUCUCGCUCAAAGAUCAGCUUCGCGUUAAAGGACUGGAAUCUUGCAUUGGUUAUGUUAGUUUUUUGGGAAAAGUGGAUGGAGAUGAAAGUAUAUUAACUGAAUUGCUACGAAAAGCAGGUGCUAUUAUUUAUGUCAAGACAAAUGUUCCACAAACAUUAAGGUUCGGAGAAACAGUCAAUAAUAUUAUUGGACGGACAUCCAAUCCUUACAAUCGAUUGCUUUCAUGUGGUGGAUCAAGUGGUGGUGAAGGUGCACUACUUGCACUUCAUGGAAGUCCACUGGGCGUCGGUACAGAUAUUGGAGGAUCAAUUCGUAUACCGGCAUCAUUCAGCAAUUUAUGGAGUUUGAAACCUAGUCAUGGACGAUUACCAUACGGAAAUAUAAAGACAACUUUAGACGGAAAGGAAUCAAUCGCUUCUGUUUGUGGUCCAAUGGCACAUUGUGCUAGUGAUUUAGUUUAUUUUAUGCAAGCAGUUUUACAACAAGAGCCUUGGAAAUAUGAUCCAAAAUCAAUUGAUAUGCCUUGGCGAGAGACACGAUAUUUGGAAGGCAAAACUGGAAAGAAAGUUUUUGGAGUCAUAGCUACUGAUGGGAUCUUUGGAUUCGAUGGUACUAUAAUGCCACAUCCUCCAAUUCUACGUGGUAUUCAACAGGUUAUUACUGCUUUACGAAAAGCUGGCCAUAUUGUUGUUCAAUGGCAACCGUACAAGCACAAAUAUGCAGCUGAUUUAAUUGAAAAAAUCUUUAGUGCUGAUGGAGCAGCACCUGCAAAGCGCAUUAUCGCAUCAAGUGGGGAACCUCCUAUUCCAAAUUUUAAAAACACUUAUGAAUUAAACAUUCCACCAAUCGAUCUUGAAUCACUGUGGAAGCUGCACACUCCGCAUUCUGCUGUUAAACAUGACGAUUACAAAUAUUAUGGCUAUACUGAAGUGAUUAAUCUACUUGAUUGGCCAGCGACCACUAUACCUGUGACAUUUACUGACAAAGAAAAAGAUAUCAAGAACAUGCAAUACAAAUGUAUGAAUGAUCUUGAUAAGGAGACAUAUGAAGCUUAUGAUCCUGAUAUUUAUGAUGGGGGACCUGUAGGAAUUCAAUUAGUAGGGAAACGACUUCAAGAAGAAUAUUUACUUGGUUUAACCGAACAGAUUGGCGAAGCUUUAGUUGCCUAA